UUGUGUUGCUAGUUGAUACUGUUGGUAGUGUUGGUUGCCGAUGUUAAAAACGUCUGAGAAACGUCAUCUUUUCGUGUAUAAUUCGUAUCCUUAAAUUAGUUUAUCAGUUUAUAUAAAAUGGAUAAAAAUAUUUAUAAAGUGCUGGUCGCUGCAACUGGAAGUGUCGCUGCACUGAAAAUACCCAUUCUAGUGAGAACCUUAUUGGAAUUAAAUGAAAACGAGAGCUGCAAUAAAAUUGAGAUACGUUUAAUAGUUACAGAACAUGCAAAACACUUCUUCGAAACCUCCAAUUUGCCUCCUGAAGUGCGUUUAUUUGACGACAACUCGGAAUGGCAAGCUUGGAAGCAGAGGGGUGACCCGGUGCUGCACAUAGAACUUGGGAAGUGGGCUGACAUGAUGGUCAUAGCUCCUUUGGAUGCUAAUACAUUAGCAAAAAUGGCACAGGGCAUUUGUGAUAACCUACUCACCUGUACAACUCGAGCAUGGGACAUGUCCAAGCCCCUCCUCUUUUGUCCCGCGAUGAACACGCGAAUGUGGGAGCAUCCUAUCACAGCCAAACAGGUCCAGGUACUGACGGACUGGGGCCAUAUACAGAUACACCCAAUCAGUAAAACAUUAAUGUGUGGAGAUACAGGGAUUGGUGCUAUGGCUGAGGUACAGACUGUUGUUGGGGAGAUUAGAAAGAUAGCUUGUAAAAGUUUCUCUAAAUGAAGUAUUUUAAACAUAGUUAUAUUGAUUGGUUGUAAUUGUUGACUAGUUCUAAGGUGAUAAUUAGAAAAUAAUGAACGGUAAAGUUAUUUGUUCAACAGUGAGAAAAGGAAAGGCCCCCUUUCUGAAAUAUUUAUGAAUUUUAUGGAGAGAGGUAAACAUUCAAGUGUUUGACAGACCUAUUCCAUUAUGUUUUAAGUUUAUUUUAGACUUCUAAUAGGACAGUGUCAUGCACAGAUUAUUGGCCACCUUUUGUUUGAUUCUGGUCUUCUUAAGCUUUACUUCA